AUGAAAUGGGGAGACGGGGGCGGUCAUGAAAGACACUGUGGAGAUAUCCUGCGAAGAUUAGUCAGUAAUGGGGUGACCGUGGAGCGUACUAUGCGUGAUGAAAACCAGAUUCCAGAAAUCGAGGACUGCGUUUGGGCGCUGCCGGAUGGGCAGGGCCCCUCGCUGCUGAUUGAGCCGCCGGCAGUGGUGGAGUUCUCCAACAACACGGGAACCCGCCUGGACUGCCAAGCGCGCGCCGAUCCCGCAGCGGCUGUCAACUGGCUGAUGCAAGACGGCACGCCUGCCGUCGGCAUCGCCGGCCUACGAUUCAUGUUACCCAACGGGUCGCUCGUCUUCCCGUCAUUCGGGCCGGCACUGUACCGGCCCGACGUCCACCAGGCUGUGUACCGCUGCCAGGCCGCCAACAAGCUUGGCAGGGUGCUAUCUAGAGACGUAAAACUGCGUGCAGUGGUGAUGCAGAGCUUCACGGUGGCAGUUUCCAGUCCUGAAGUGAUACGUGACAACAACGCGCUGCUCAAAUGCGUCGCUCCCAGCUUCGUCAAGGACUUCAUCACAGUCACCUCCUGGCUACAGGACUCCGUUUUGAAUAUAUAUCCUUCCACCGAUGGAGACGGCAAGGUGCACAUGAUGCCGUCUGGGGAGCUACUGGUGAUGGCGGUGAACGCGGAGGACGCGUUCUCGCGCUUCGAGUGCCGCGUGACGCACCGGCUGUCUGGCGCCACUUACACCACAGUAUUCAGCGCCGAGGCGCGCAUCACCGUGGUGGAGCCGAGCGGCGUGCAGAGCCCGCGCUUCUCGGAGCGCGCCCUCUCCGUCCAGGCGCGCCGCGAGCAGAUGUUCGUCUUGCCCUGCGUCGCCCAGGGGCACCCGCCGCCCACCUACACGUGGGAGUUCGCAGACGCGGAGAUGCUGGACGACGAGACGCGCUACAUGUCGUCGAGCGGCGCGCUCGUGCUGGUGCGCGCUCGCCCGUCGCACUCCGGCCGCUACUCCUGCCUGGCGCGCAACGCGGCCGGCGCCGCGCGCCUCGACGCCACGGUGGAGGUGGUGGCGCCGCUCUCCGUCCGCGUCACGCCGCAACUCCUGCUUGCCGGGCUCAACAAGCCGGCGCAGCUGAGCUGCCAGAUCACGGGACACCCGGUGCGGUCUGUGACGUGGCUAAAGGACGGCCAGCCGCUGGCGGAGCACACGGCGGAGCUGCAGUUCCACAGCGUGGGCCGCGACGACCAGGGCAUGUACCAGUGCUUCGUGCGCAACGACGACGACGUCGCGCAGGGCACCAGUGAGCUCCGCCUCGGAGACACUCCACCUCAAUUUGUUUAUCGCUUCAUCAGACAGACAAUUCAACCAGGACAACCAAUUUCAUUGAAAUGUGUUGCUUCUGGAAACCCCACUCCCAACAUAAAGUGGGCACUUGAUGGAUUUCCAUUACCACAUAAUGAAAGAAACAGGUUUGUAAUUGGCCAAUAUGUGCCAUCACAUGGGGAUGUCAUUAGUCAUGUGAAUAUUACAAGUGUUCGUGUUGAAGAUGGAGGGACAUAUAGAUGCUUAGCAGUGAAUCGAGUGGGAGAAGUGGAACACAAUGCUCAACUUAAUGUCUACGGUCCACCACACAUACGCGAAAUGGGUGAAAUAUCUGCUAUAGCAGGAGAGACUUUACGAGUAGAUUGCCCUGCAGCUGGUUAUCCACUAGAAAACAUUACAUGGCAUAGAGGAGACAGACAGCUACCUUACAACAGACGGCAGUUAGUCUUCCCGAAUGGAUCACUUAUAAUAGAGAAAGUACAAUCAGCAGAAGAUGAUGGACCUUAUAAAUGUGUUGCAACAAAUAAACAAGGAUAUGCUUCAAGUGGAAUAGCCAAGAUAAAUGUAAUGGUCCCACCAAAGAUCACUCCCUUCAGCUUCCGCUCAGAUGUCCACCUGGGAGAGCGGGUAGGUGUUCAGUGUGUCGUGAGCAAGGGGGAUGCUCCUCUGCAAAUACAGUGGCUGAAGGAUGACAGUGAAAUAGGGCACAAUUCUGCCAUCAAGGGUGUACUUGUGCGCCAUCUGGACCAGUUCACUAGUGUGCUGAGUAUUGCAGAACUUGAUCAAUCACAUGAUGGGAACUACACCUGUGUGGCCAGCAACCCUGCUGCCCGUGCUUCUCAUUCGGCCCCUCUGUCUGUUAAUGUGCCACCAGCUAUUACUCCAUUCUCAUUUGGAGAGUUAUCUACUGGUGAAAGAGUACGGGUGACCUGCAGUGUGAAGCGAGGCGACCCACCACUAACAUUCGAGUGGCUCAAGGAUGCCCAUCCUCUCCCGCCAACCCCAGGCCUGCAUGAUGACCCUGACCUCACGAUCCGAGAUUACGAAGAUUACUCUAGUGUCCUGGCGAUCAGUAGCGUUAGCUCUAGACAUAGCGGCAACUACACAUGUGAAGUGAGAAAUCCAGCCCGAGUCACAACCUACACGGCGCAGCUUCUGGUCACGGUUCCACCAACCUGGGUGGUUGAACCAAAGGACACCUCAGCCAAGCUGGGACAGUCUGUAAUCAUAGACUGUAAAGUAGAUGGUUUCCCACAGCCCACAGUGUCAUGGAAAAAAGCAUCAGGUUCUAAACCUGGACAUUACUUGGAUUUAGCUCAUCAACACAGAAAGGAAUCAAAACUGUUAAAAGUCAAUGCUAACCCAGAACCAGUUCAGGUUUUAGCAAAUGGCUCCUUAUUUAUAGAAACAAUCUCUCAGGAUGAUGAAGGACAUUAUCUGUGUGAGGCGAGCAACAAUAUUAGUGUUGGACUGAGUGCUGUAGUCCAACUAACAGUACAUGCACCAGUCCGCUUCAAGUCCAGAUCUCAUAGGGAAAUGGUUCGCAAGAGUGGGACUGCUGUUCUCAGAUGUGAAGCUACUGGUGACUUGCCUAUAACUCUGUCAUGGCGUAAAGAAGGAAGUCCUAUUGAAAUGCAGAGUCAUAUGAGCAUGAAAAAUAUUACAAGUAACAAAGGACUGACAUCAGAGCUAACAAUACAACAUGUCAGAAGUGGAGAUGGAGGCAUUUACUCAUGCCUUGCUCUAAAUGAAUAUGGCCAUGAUCAGACAACAAUACAUCUCCUGAUCCAAGACUUACCAUCUCAACCUACUAAUGUCCAUGUACUAGGACAAGAUAGCAGGAAAAUCAGCAUUUCAUGGAAUCCACCAGAUGAUGGCAACAGUCCAAUAACUCGAUAUGUGCUGCAAUACAAUCCUACUCAAGUUUCAUGGCAAGGUCCAUCUCAAGAAAUGACUGUUGAUGGCAAACAGAACAGUGCUGUGGUGUCUCAGUUGCACCCAGCAACACUCUACAGCAUUCGUGUGGUUGCUGAGAACAAUCUUGGCCCUGGUGCCCCAAGCCAAGAAAUGCUGGCACGCACUGAGGAAGAGGCACCUACAGCACCACCACGCCAUGUAACUAUUGAUGCUGUAAGCUCCACACAGCUCAUGCUUACUUGGGAUGCACCUCCAGAGGAUCACCUGAAUGGCAUGCUGCUUGGACAUUAUGUUGGUUUCCGCCAAAUAGGAGAAUCUGAAGGAAAGGUACACUACAACUAUACAACAGUACCAUGGAAAGGAUAUGGGAAAGAAGAGUACCAUCUAGAAUCAUUAAAGAAGUAUAGCAAAUAUGGUGUUGUUGUCCAAGCUUUUAAUAGCCGAGGACCAGGACCACUUUCAGAAGAAGUUGUGGCUCAGACACUGGAAGAUGUUCCAGAGGCUGCCCCCAGAGAUGUUCGAUGUACAGCACUGUCUUCAGAAUCACUCCAAGUCAGCUGGCAACCUCCGCCAGAAUCAUUGGUACAUGGUGUAAUCCAAGGGUACAGACUUAUUUAUGAACCAGUGUCACCCUCUCAACAGCAAGACAUAGAUGAAACAAGGACUAAAAUGACACCAACACUUACUACAGUUUUGCAUGGUCUUUUCAAAUUCACAAACUACAGUGUUCAGAUACUAGCCUUUACUCGUGUUGGUGAUGGUGUAAAAUCACCAAAAGUGUUCUGUAUGACAAAGGAAGAUGUUCCAGGUGCUCCAGCUGGAAUUAAAGCACUACUACAAGCACCAGAUACAGCAGUGGUUACUUGGUUACCUCCAACUCACCCAAAUGGUAUUAUAGUGAAGUAUGUCAUCUACAUACGUAUUGUAGAUAAUGGGCAUCAAGUAGAUGCUCGCUCAGCCCUUCAUCUGUCAAUGUCAGAUUUACGGUUUACUCUUCCUGGAGUUAAAAGACGAUUGAGAUAUGAGUUCUGGGUUACUGCUUUUACCAAAAUUGGAGAAGGUCAGAGUACACCAGUGGCAUCAGUGACACCAGAGUCAAAAGUUAGGGCAGGAAUUAUUUCAUUCGGGGGACCAAGGAUGGUGACGUGGAAGAGCGAUGUACGUUUACCAUGCCAAGCUGUAGGCAUCCCUGAACCUAAACGGCGAUGGCUAGAAGCUGGAGAUGUACCAUUAAACCAGCACCCAAGAAUCAAUUUUGCUCCUGAUGGUUCUCUUCUCCUGUCAAAAGUACAAAGAACUGAUCAGGGUGAAUACACAUGCCAUGUCUCUAAUGAGUAUGGAGAAGAUACCAUUGUUUAUCAACUUUUAGUUCAAGUUCCACCAAGUGCACCAUUACUUAUAGUUCCUACAGCUUCACAUGAUACACUGCAUUUACAAUGGAAGCUUGGUGACAAUGGAGGAAGUCCUGUACGUGGCUUUAUUGUACAUUUUAAACUGGAGCAUGGUGAAUGGGAAGAAAUCAAACUAGAUGCAUCACAGAACACACAUGCUUUGACCAAUCUUCGUUGUGGGACACUCUAUCAUGUUUUUAUAACGGCUUACAAUAGAGUUGGUAGUGGAGAUCCCAGUAAAACACUGGCUGUCAGAACUCGAGGCGAGCGUCCACAUUUACCAUCUCCUUAUGAUGUUCUGGUUAUUAAUUCUACAAGUGUUGGGCUACGUCUUGCCACUUGGCCAGAUGGAGGAUGUCCUAUAUUAUAUUUUGUUGUUGAAUAUUCAAAUUAUGUACCUAGAGGAGCAGACAACUGGAUUACAGUGGGAAAUAACAUUGGCCUUGAGAAAUUAUUCCUGAUUGUUGGUCUAAGCCCUGGAACAACAUACAAUCUUAAAGUUACUGCACACAACUCAGCUGGUUCAAAUGUUGGGAAUUACCAAUUCACAACCCUUGGUAUCAGUGGAGGUGUGAAUACCCCAAACCAGAUAUUAGUGAAUGGUGAUGAACAACUACCACUACAUAAGGAUUUGAAAGUGAUACUGUUAUCAGUUUUUUCUGCUUUGGUUGUCAUAGCAAGCAUCUUUGGUGUCUGCUUCUGUGUAAGGAAAAUUUCAGGGAAUAACAAUAUUAAACCAGAAACUUCCAUUCCUGAAAUUCAAACCACUGUUGCACAAGAUAAUAAACACAACAUAGCUCGAAGAGAGCAGUAUUAUGCAACAGUUCGCAAGUUACCUCCAUCCCCUGCAGGACUUGAAUGCAUUCCAGAGUACUCAGAAGAUAUUAGGCCGUAUGCUACUUUCCAUGUUGCUACACCAGUCAACACAGAAAGCACAAAAAUGCAGACAUUUGUAUACCGUGAAGGUGAUGCAUCACCGACUAGAAAGUCUAUGAGGAGUGAGUACUGUCGUGUGAAGAAACCUCGACCAAGUGAGGAGUAUGACAGUUUUGGUUCUGAAUCUGAUACAGAACCUGGUACUUCAAGCCGCACAGAAUCAUCUAACCAGCUAGAUGAUGGUGGAAUGGUAGCUGCUUAUCAUCCUCCUCUCCCUCGACUUGUAAAGCCUUCCUUAGAUCCUAUGUACCCACAUCAAGACUGGAGCUCCACAACAGAGCCAUCACCAGGGUCAGACAGGCAUCACUUUCAGCGCAGAAUCUGUCAGGCUCAUCACUUAAAAUAAAGUACAUUGAGCAACAGGUAGAAGUCUAUCAGAAAAUCCUUUUCCUUUACCUGCCAGAAAUCAGUUUCAGAGAUGAAAGUGUUGUUCAGUGAGCUCCAUGUUUUAAAACUGUGUAAGACCCAAAGCUGUUGAUGUUCGGUGUUUAAAUCAAUUUCUAUCACCUGCCAGAAGGCAAUUUCAACUAAAAAAGAAAAGUCAAUCUUACAUGUUAAAUGUUUAAAAACAAAUUAAAAAGACAAAAAAUAUAUGUGUAUGACCUCUAAACCUGUUGAUGUUUGGUGUUUUCUGUGUAAUGUCUGUAACCGUCCUAAAAUAAGCACUGAUACCAAAUACGUAUUUCUAAAUUUUUGAAGAAUUUGUUCUCUGGUACUGGUGAAUCAAGGAAAGAAAUACAUUUCGAAUUGCUCACUUUUACCUGAUGAUGUGGGUGUAAUCAUCAGUAUCAAUGAUUAUACUGGUAGUAAACAUAUAUACAUAUAUAAAAAAUAUAUAUUUCUCAUACAUGUGCCAAAUGAAUUCUGGGU